AUGAGGUACUUCACGAUUACUUCUGGUCUGUUGGCCUGCGCUACAUCUGUCUUGGGUCAUUCAACCUUCCAAGACAUGUGGGUUGAUGGGUACGUUUUCGCAGUUUCCACCCUGACUGUUCUAUUUAUUAACUCCACGGAUAGCACAGAUGACGUGUCUACCUGCGCUCGGCUUCCACUUAACAACAAUCCGGUAACCAAUGUCACUUCCAAUGACUUGAGGUGCAACGCUGGGACGACACCUGUGACCCCGCUCUGCACAGUUGCUACCGGUGGAAACGUGACCGUGGAGAUGCACGCUCAACCAGGCGAUCGGGAUUGCACAAAGGAGGCAAUCGGUGGUAAUCAUUACGGGCCGGUUCUAGUCUACAUGUCGAAGGUCGCCAAUGCAGCUUCUGAUACAGGUUCUGGUUCAUGGUUCAAAGUUGCCGAAGAGGGAUAUAAUCCAACAACUAAAAUAUGGGGAACAGACUCUCUCAACACCAAUUGUGGGAAGAAAAGUUUCAUCGUUCCAGCAGACCUAGCACCUGGCAAUUAUCUUGUUCGAGCGGAGGCGAUAGCGCUUCAUGUUGCAAGUACCAUUGGAGGGGCACAAUUUUACAUGACUUGUUUUCAAAUCAACCUCACUGGCUCAGGAACCGCGACCCCAGCUGGAGUCACUUUCCCUGGUGCAUAUAGUGCAAGCGACCCAGGAAUCCUCAUCAACAUCUAUGACAACCUUCAAAGCUAUACAAUCCCGGGGCCGGCCGUCUUCACUGGAUAG